AUGUCGAAGAGGACACAUACACUGUCAAGUUCAACAAAGGAUAAGAAACUCGACGCCCCACGACCAAGCGCGAGCAUCGUUCUCCUGUCUCCUGAGAACCAAGUCUUACUACUACACAGAGUACAAACAUCAUCAGCAUUUCCCUCAGCUCACGUCUUUCCAGGUGGCAAUCUUUCCAAUUUCCAUGAUGGAACAAUUCCUGGCCCAGAUGAUGUCAAGCGACACGAAGACUCGCUCCCAUAUAGACUCGGCGCGAUUCGAGAGACAUUUGAAGAGAGCGGCAUAUUAAUUGCUCGUGAGGGGGAUGCAAAUGGGAAUCCUUUAAAUCUUCCUAAUGCUGAGCGAGAUAUUGCUCGUAAAUCGAUUUAUAAGAAUGAAGUCCGCUUUGUCGAAUGGCUAAGGGGUGUUGGAGGAGUUGCAGAUACAGAUAAUCUCCUCCCUUUCACUAGAUGGAUAACACCGACUAAUCAACCCCGACGGUAUACUACUCAGAUGUAUCUUUACAUGCUCCCUCUAUCUAUCAGCGACGAUCCGGCCGUAUCGGCGGCGCAAUCCGAGGCUAUGAUUCCGACGGCUGACGGCGGCGCUGAGAUUACUGCUGCUCGUUUCGACUACGCAAGUACGUGGUUAGAAAAGCAGCGGAAGGGCGAGAUUGUCCUAUUCCCACCCCAAUACUUCCUACUACAUCUACUUUCGCAGUUCCUAAACAAACCGACUCUGGGAUCGCUAAGCUCUUCUGAAUUGACUGAUUACUAUCAUUCUCAAAGGGAGAAGCUAGGAAGUUUUCUUGCAACGGUACCCACGGCUAGCGAGCCGAAGGCCGUGAAACAUCACACUGCUCAGAUUCCUUGGGCAGACAAAGUGAUUAGCCCUAACAUGUUGGGUGUGCGGAAAAGUGACAAAAGAGCCAUAUUAGGACUCGAUAAGCCUGGUCCUGAAUUGACAGGGACUGACCGGGGCGGUGACUGGGAGAGGGUGGUGUUAGUUAAAUUUGCAAAGCACGUAGCGCGAGAUGUCGAGGUUAGAAAUAGGGAAGAAGUGCUCGCGGAAGAGAGGCAACCGGGUAAUGGAGCUAAGGAGGCGAAAUUAUAA